UAGAGGAGUAGAGAAGCGUCGAAGUGCGAGCAAAAAGCAGCCGAGCGAGGAGAGAGAGAGGGAGUGUGUAGGGAAUGGGAAGCUGAGGUCGGCCCUCCUCUCUCUCUUCUCCGUGUUUCUGUAGAUCACGCCUCCAUUUCCCUUCUUUUUUAUCUAGUUAUUUCCUUCGACGCGCUGCGUUUUUUUCUUGAUGCAUUUGUCUUGCCGGUUUUAGGGCUUUUGUUCUUGCGUUUUUUUUUAGGAUUUUGCUUUUUUUUUUUCGCGUGUUUUGGUUCUGUUUUGCCCCCAAUCUGCUGUUGGUGAGUUCCCGAUGUGAUCUGGAUGAAAAAAGAUGGUCUUUUGUUUGAUUUACCAUCUCCGAACGAUCUUCUGUGGUUUUAUUCGUAAACGAGGGAUUAGUUUUACUAUUUCUGGAGCAGAUCUACGUUCCUUUGCAUGUGAAGCUGGAGCUGCUGGAAACAGCUGCAUCAAAGCUUGAGGUGGAGAGCAAGGUGCGAGAGAAAAACUUUCGUUGCUGUGGAGCUAUGACUUACUUCCCGGAUGAGGUGGUGGAGCACAUCUUUGACUUCCUCAGCUCGCAUCGAGACCGUAAUAAUGUAUCCACAGUGUGCAAGGCGUGGUAUCUUGUGGAGCAGCUUAGCCGCUUGCGUGUAUUCGUCGGCAACUGUUAUGCCGUCCGGCCUGAACGAGUAAUGGCUAGAUUCCCUGGAAUGAAGUGCCUCACCGUCAAGGGGAAGCCCCAUUUUGCUGAUUUCAACCUGGUUCCCCACGAUUGGGGCGGCGAUGCGCUACCGUGGAUUGAGACGGCUGCACGUUGUUGCCCUGGUUUGGAGGAGCUCCGACUGAAGAGGAUGGUGGUCUCGGAUGAAAGCCUGGAGCUUCUAGCCCGCGCUUUCCCCAACUUUAAGUCUCUUGUUCUAAUUAGCUGCGAGGGGUUCAGCACUGAUGGGCUUGCUGAGAUCGCUACUCACUGCAGGGGUCUUAGGGAGUUAGAUUUACAGGAAAAUGAAGUGGAAGAUCAUGGCCGGCAGUGGCUAAGUUGUUUCCCUGAUUCCUGUACUUCCUUGGUAUCUCUAAACUUCGCAUGUCUAAAAGGAGAGGUGAAUACAAGUGCCCUUGAGCGACUUGUUGCUAGGUGCCAGAACCUCAGGUGCUUGAAGCUUAAUCGAGCAAUAUCUAUUGAGUCACUUAUCAAGAUACUUGCCCGAGCCCCCAAUUUGGUGGAACUUGGAACUGGUUCUUUCACAGCUGACCACCGCACCGAAGCUUAUCAGAAUCUAUUAAAUGCCUUCUACAAAUGCAAUUCUAUAAGGAAUUUGUCAGGUUUCUGGGAUGCUGCUCCUCGCUACCUGCAGGCCAUAUAUUCCAUCUGUUCAAGCCUUACUGUCCUUAACUUAAGCUAUGCCCCUGCAAUCCAGGUUAAUGAUCUAAUAAAGAUGAUUCGUCACUGUUUCAAACUUCAAAAACUCUGGGUUUUAGAUUCAAUUGGAGACAAAGGCUUAGCAGCCGUUGCCUGUGCUUGUAAAGAGUUACAGGAGUUGAGGGUAUUUCCAUCGGACGUAUAUGGUACUGGCAUUGCUGCUGUAACUGAAGAAGGGCUUGUUGCUAUAUCUUCAGGCUGCCCUAAGUUGAACUCUUUACUGUAUUUCUGCCACCAGAUGACAAAUGCUGCACUUAUCACAGUUGCCAAGAACUGCCCGCAUUUCACACGGUUCAGAUUGUGUAUUCUUGAUCCUGUAAAGCCAGAUCCCAUCAGUAACGAACCAUUGGAUGAAGGUUUUGGGGCAAUUGUGAAGUCAUGCAAAGAUCUGAAGAGACUAUCAUUAUCAGGCCUUCUAACUGACAAGGUUUUCUUGUAUAUAGGCAUGUAUGCUUCGCGUCUUGAGAUGCUUUCAAUUGCAUUUGCUGGUGAAAGUGACAAAGGAAUGGUUUAUGUGCUCAAUGGAUGCAAGAACCUUAAAAAGCUUGAAAUCAGAGACAGUCCAUUUGGUGAUGCUGCACUUUUGGAGAAUGUAGGGAAGUAUGAAACAAUGCGAUCCCUUUGGAUGUCAUCUUGUGAUGUUACCCAAGGGGGUUGCAAGGCACUCGCUGCAAAGAUGCCAAGAUUAAACGUUGAAGUCAUAAACGAGAGGGAAGAAAGUGAUGAGAUGGUGGAAAAUCCUAGUGACAUGCACAGAGUGGAAAAGAUGUAUGUGUAUCGAACUCUGACAGGGCCAAGGGACGAUGCACCAGAUUUUGUCUGGACAUUUUAGAUUUCUCCAACUCUCAGCAUGAGUAUUAGUAGUAGCCCAUAAGUUGGUAGAUCAUGAAGCUGUCGUGGCAUGGUAAAAACUGAAAAUGAUGUUGGAGGCCUUCACUGUGUGAUUGAACAUGUGUAGCCAGCCUUCUUACUACAUCAAUGAGCUCCUGUUAUGUGGUCGUCUGGGGCUCACUUUACUUUGGCAUGCAGAAGCAUUCAGCAUUGUAGGAAGGUGGAUCUCUCCAGGAUAAGCUUGUCACGUGGAGUGUCUUUUCUUUUCUGCGGUAUGGUCGAAGCCCAUCAUUCCUGCUAUUACUACUUUUUUUUUUUUGUGUUGGGUCGCAGUUUCUUGGCCUUUUGUUGCUGGCUGUGCUGUGUGCUGGACGAGGUAUUAUUAUUUCUCAGACCUGAAGACGAGACACCCCGUUUGUUAGAAAAAAUAUCGCCCAUGAAUUAAUUCACCUUUUAUUUGGAAGUAUUGUUUACCUCUAUAA